UCACGGCCCCAUUAGACACUCCAGUCACAACUCCCUCUCAGCUCCAUCACAAUCCGUCCUCCUUCCUCCGACACAGGGCUGCUGUUGGUUCGCACCGGGGGAGCAGAUUGUGCUCGUACACCUUCAGAGUUUAUCUGACCUCCUCCUUCUCCUUCUCCAGCAGAUUGUUGAGUCUCAGCUACUCCAAUGGCUCUGUGUGUGCUGCUCCUCUGCUCCCUGUUCGGAGGUCUUCUUGGGCAAGGAGGAGAGCACUUCUCUUUAGAUGACUGUUGCAAACACGGCCAGAAGUAUGGCAACAAUCAUAAAGAAUGCACAUCCCUUCCUCUCAUCUCUGGCUCGCCCACAUGCAGGAUAGUGCAGGAGCAGUGCUGUGUAACCGUACUGGAGGAUAAUAUGUGCACCAUUGGUAUCAAUGUGGCAAAGGAGCAGGGCGCCUGUGACUCGUUGCUCACCAGCACAUGUGAAACCAAGACUACAAAGAUGUGCUGUGACUGCUGCCUUCUGGGGAGGGCAGCUCACGAGCUGGACGUACCCUGUGACCACAGCCUGUCCGUGGGUUACCAGUGCAGUCUGGUGUCACGGGCCUGUUGUGUGGAUGGAGCUUCAAACAACCAGACGUCACAAUCGGGACCGACUGAAUUACCAAACAAAGAUGGCACCAGUGAAGCUGGAGAUCAUUCAGUGCCAGAUGAUCAAUGCAAAGGGAAGUGUGCUCACCUGUGUGUAGGGAACAACACUUGUGGCUGUUUGAAAGGCUAUAAACUCAGACCAGAUGGAAAGAGCUGUGAGGAUAUCAACGAGUGCUUGCUGGGAUCCAGCAACUGUCGAGUCGGCGAGCGCUGCAUCAACACAGAGGGCGCGUUCCGGUGCAUCAGAGAGGUCAGUUGUGGGACCGGCUAUGAACUCACGGAGAGCAACAACUGUAAAGACAUUGAUGAGUGUGAGACUGGUAUCCACAACUGUGGCCAACAGUUUGAGUGCCAGAACACCCAAGGGUCAUUUCGUUGCAUUCCGAAGGUCAAGUGCGGGAACGGCUUUAUACAGGAUGCUCUUGGAAACUGCAUUGACAUUAAUGAGUGUGUUACCCAGACAAGCCCAUGCAACAGAGGCCAUAUCUGUAUCAACACCGUGGGCUCCUACAUCUGUCAGAGAAACUCUGUAAACUGUGGUCGAGGAUACCACCUCAGUGAUGAUGGCACACGCUGCGUUGACAUCGAUGAAUGUAAAGGCCCUCAGGAGGUCUGUUCGGGUCACGCUUGUAUCAACCAGCUUGGAUCCUAUCGCUGUGAGUGUGAAACGGGAUAUAAUUUCAACAGCAUCACUCGCCUCUGUGAAGAUAUAAAUGAAUGCAGGCACUACCCUGGUCGCCUCUGUGCUCAUAAGUGUGAGAACACCCCUGGGUCCUACCAAUGUAGCUGCACAACAGGCUUCAAACUGUCCAGUGAUGGCAGGAAUUGUGAUGAUCUAAAUGAGUGUGAGAGCAACCCGUGUAGUCAAGAGUGUGCCAAUGUGUAUGGUUCCUACCAAUGUUACUGUCGGCGUGGCUACCAGCUCAGUGACAUUGAUGCCAUGACUUGUGAAGACAUAGAUGAAUGUGCCCUGCCCACUGGAGGUCAUAUUUGUUCCUAUCGCUGUCACAACACCCCAGGCAGCUUCCACUGCUCCUGUCCUGUCAAUGGCUACACCUUGGCAAUUAACGGGCGCAGUUGCCAGGAUGUUGAUGAAUGCGUUACGGGGAGACACACAUGCGCAGAGAGCGAGAGCUGCUUUAAUAUCCAGGGAGGAUUCAGAUGCCUGUCCUUUGACUGUCCACACAACUACCGACGAGUUGGACAGACUAGAUGUGAACGUUUGCUAUGCAAUGAGCCUGAGUGCCUGAACAUUCCAAUGAGAAUAACCUACUACUACCUUACAUUAUCCACCAACACCCCUGCCUCCACCACCAUCUUCCGCAUGGGCCCCUCCCAAACGAUGCCUGGCGAUGACAUCCAUAUUGCUAUCAUUGCUGGCAACGACGACGGUUUCUUCAAGACAGAGCGGACGCUCACCGGUGGCGCAAUGAUGGUGGCAAAGGUCAUCGACAAGCCGCAGGACUUUGAGCUGUCUCUGGAGUUGAGGCUGCGUCGUUAUGGCUCGGUCAUCAUAUUUUUGGCUAAAGUGCUGGUGUUUGCUACCCAGGAUGAACCCAGAGUACCAUAUAAUCCCCUACUAGAAUAAAUAGAGGAGUGGAUUAGGAUUGUUAGGUUAGGACUUGUUUUUUCACUGUUAAAAAUGAUUUUUCACACAAAAAUUAGCUUUGCUGAUUGAAUCUAAGAGAAUCAUGAUGGAUUUUAAUAGUAAAGGAGACCUUGCUCUAGAGGUAUUUGUAUUUACAUAUAGGAAAAUAAAUAGGGUUUAUGUCACUCUAAGGGGUGUCGAGAUAAAGACAGCUCAGAGCUGAUAAAGCUGAGUUUGGUGCAAAAUAUGUUUUUUUCUGAUGUGGAUAGCCUGCUGGAUAACCUCAAUAUGGAGAAAUACAAAGUAAAAUAACAAAUUACUCACCUUAAUGGUUUAAACUACCCAGAGUCCACAUUUUAAGCAAACUGAUAUGUUGUUUCGUGGAGAUCAAAAUGACUGUCAUAUUUGAUGCCACAAUAAAGAGUCAUAAAAUA